AAUAAACCCCUAGUUUAAUAUAUUAACAAAAGUUCCCCACACCACUUAGGCUCUUUUGGCGCGUGAUUAGGUGUCUCUUUUCCACCCGCAUUUAUCCCAAGGUCCUUAUUUUCCUCCUCCAUUAGAUAUCCAUACUUCUAUCGUCCACCACCUCCAAAUCUCCUCCGCCGCCGCCCACCACCCCCACCUCCGGCAAACACACGCUCAAGAAAACACACUCACGCCCCACUUCUCCUUCUUCUUCUUCCUGUCUGCACCUGUUCACUCCUAAUCGAUCCCCGAGACGCAGGCAAAAAAAAAAAAAAAAAAGUGGUUUAGGCAUAUACACAAACACCUAGAGGACACAGAUAAUUUGUUUGGGUUUUUUCUGUUGUCGAGGUUUGAGAUGGACUCGGCGGCGCUUACCAUGCGAGCUGUCUCUUCGUCUUUUUUCUCGAAUCCCGCAAACCCUAAGUCCAGCCAUAAUCGUAAACCUGCGUCGCCGUCAAUUAUCAGAUGCGUCAAUUCGCAAAACCCGCAUCUCAAUUAUCCGUACCAUCUAAAACCCAUUGCCGGGACGCCACCCUUUUCUUGCUCCGCCGUCACCUCUCACCACCACCCCAAUACAUCCGGCAGCGACAAUCUCACCGCCGCCGCCGCCACCGCCAAAGCGAAGCUGCAGCUUCUCAUUCAAGAAUUCCAGUCCUUAACCGAUCCAGUGGAGCGCGUGAAAAGGCUUCUCCACUACGCGCAACUCCUCCCCCCUUUCGAAGAUUCGUCGAAAAGUACAGACACACGCGUCCCAGGUUGCACUGCUCAGGUGUGGCUGCAUGUAGAAUUGGACAGUGGUAACAAAGUUCGUUUUUUGGCGGACAGCGAUUCGGAGAUUACGAAAGGGUUCUGCGCGUGCUUGGUUACGGUGCUCGAUGGGGCGACACCCGAUGAGGUUUUGGCUUUGAGAACCGAUGAUUUGGUAGCUUUGAAUGUGGUGGGGUUGAAUGAGAGAAGAGUUGGUUAUUCGAGUAAUAGGGCUAAUACUUGGCACAAUGUGCUGAUGAGUAUGCAGAAAAGAAUCAAAUCUCUCGUCGCUGAACGAGAAGGGCGCCCACGUGGCGAGAUGUUCCCGUCUUUGAUUGUGAGCGCCGAUGGCAUCGAGGCGAAAGGGAGCUACGCUGAAGCUCAGGCUAGAUUUCUGCUGCCGGACGAGGUAAAAAUCCAAGAGCUAGUGAAUUUGCUAGAGGAGAAAAAGAUCGGCGUGGUCGCGCAUUUUUACAUGGAUCCCGAAGUCCAAGGAGUUUUAACCGCUGCACGAAAGCUCUGGCCUCAUAUACAUAUAUCCGAUUCAUUAGUCAUGGCAGAUUCUGCUGUCAAGAUGGCUGAAUCCGGAUGCAAAUACAUCACUGUUCUCGGUGUAGAUUUCAUGUCCGAAAACGUUCGUGCUAUCCUUGAUCAAGCUGGAUAUCCAGAGGUAGGUGUGUACAGGAUGUCAGAUGAACGCAUUGGUUGCUCGUUGGCUGAUGCUGCAGCUAGUCCUGCAUAUAUGGAUUAUCUUGCAGCAGCUUCAGCUUCCGUUUCUUCUCCUUCUUUACAUGUUGUGUACAUUAAUACCUCUCUCGAGACCAAAGCGUAUACGCACGAAGUUGUCCCGACAAUAACAUGCACCUCGUCGAAUGUUGUCCAAACCAUUCUACAGGCGUUUUCGGAAGUUCCUAAUUUGAAUGUAUUCUACGGUCCUGACACCUACAUGGGAGCAAAUAUCAUGGAGUUGUUCCGACAGAUGAUUGUGAUGAGUGACGAAGAAAUAGCCAAUGUUCAUCCAAAGCACGACAGAAACUCUAUCAAAUCUUUGAUACCUCGUCUUCACUAUUUUCAGGAUGGAACAUGCAUUGUUCAUCAUCUCUUUGGUCACGAAGUUGUCGGUAAACUCAACGAAAUGUACUGCGACGCAUUUCUAACUGCCCACUUUGAAGUUCCGGGCGAAAUGUUCUCCUUAGCAAUGGAAGCAAAACGAAGAGGGAUGGGAGUAGUGGGGUCCACGCAGAAUAUAUUAGAUUUUAUCAAAGGGAGAGUAAAAGGGGCAUUAGAUAGAAACGUCGAUGAUCAUCUUCAGUUUGUUUUAGGAACCGAAUCGGGUAUGGUGACUUCGAUCGUUUCUGAAGUACGGAAGCUGUUGGGCUCUGUUGGGGCCCACGAAGGAGCUAAAGUGAGUGUGGAGAUAGUCUUUCCUGUAUCUUCAGAGUCGAUUACUCAAACAACGAGCGAAACAGGGGAUUUUUCGAAAUUCUCUGUAAUACCUGGAGUUGCAAGCGGAGAGGGUUGCUCUCUUCAUGGUGGCUGUGCAUCUUGUCCUUACAUGAAGAUGAAUUCUCUUGGAUCGUUACUCAAAGUUUGCCGAAGUUUGCCCCACGACAAAGAAAAUCUUUCGGCGUACGAAGCCGGCCGAUUCAGUCUGCAAACUCCGAGCGGGAAACUAAUUGCAGAUGUGGGCUGUGAGCCGAUUCUACACAUGAGACAUUUUCAGGCUACAAAGAGAUUGCCAGAGAAGCUUAUCCAGCAGAUCCUCCACAGUGGCAGUAUCAAUGGAAGAUAAAGCUAUGCUUAAAAAUUGAUCCAAGUGAAAAAACGGAGAUUGAUGCUUUGUUCAAUUAAAGUAUAUUUAGCUGCUAAUUAUUUUUUAUAUUAAAACUAUCGAAGGUGCCCGUAUGAGAGCCGAUGUGGCGAGUUUUUCGUCACAAAGUGAUCCUUCCAAUGAUUUUUUUUUCUUUUUUUUUUUGAAAGCCCGCGAUAUAGACGCAUAGGUUGUUAGAUUUAAGGAAUGAAUAUGUUGCUUAUUUAUGUCUUGUAAUGGAACAGUUUUGCUAUAGAUUUGUUACGGAUUUUUCGAUAUAGGGAAUGUUUUUUUGAUUGGGAGCUGUAAAAGAGCAGUUCCAUAACUCUGCUAAAUUUAUCGAUUUUUUUUUCUUUUUCUA